UCAAUGGUUCCAAUGUUCGGCAGUAUUGGGCCUGGGCCUUAAAUCGCCUCAUCAGAGAUCUGCUCUCAUCUUCCUCCCCAGUCGGUCCGAAGGUCUCCACUGUAGCUCGCUUCAGUUGAGAUCAUCUUCAAGCUCACCUACUAGGUGGAAAGUAGAGAUCUCUAGAUGGAGGUGCCACCAAAUGAAGAUUCAGAGCUCCCAGCUUCUGUCGAACAGGAUAAUGUGCUCCCUGCCCCUGAUACCAUAGAUGACGGAGCCAUGGAGCAGAAGCAAGAAUUCACUGAGGAAGAAGUAAGAGGUACAUUAGAAGCGAUUGCAUCCACAGGAAAAUUCUGGCAUGAUUGGGAGAAAUUGAAGAGCAUGCUAUCUUAUCAACUGAAGCAGGUGCUGUCAGAGUAUCCUGAAGCAAAAGCAUCCGGUGAACAACAAAGUACUUUAGGAGAAACCUUCCCGGAGCUGGUAAAGCGGUUGGAUGAAGCACUUCUUAUCUUUAUUGAAGGUCCUCCGUUUACCCUUCAAAGGAUUUGUGAGAUCCUAUUGGAUGCACGGAGCAUCUAUCCCAAUCUCUCAAAGCUUGCGCUAGCGCUGGAAAAGAAUCUUCUGGUGACAUCCACACUUGCCGUCAGUCCUGACCCGCAUCUACCAUCCUCCGAACCAAAGCCAAACAAGUCAGAGGAGUCAGAAAAAGCUGUUGAAGAUCAAAAGCUAUCCAAUGCAGUUGAAAACGGAAUCGAACCUAUAGCUGGAGACAGGGAUGAAGUAAUGGUAGAGGUUGAAGAGGCCGAUAUGAAUGAUGAUAUGACGAUGGACAUGGAAACUUUUGAAGAAAUAGUUGGAUCAUCUGAGACAAAUAAUGCUGCAAACAGUAAAUCUUAGUUUUCUUGGUCCACCUUAAGCGAGCUGCUGUAGUUCUGCUAAUCUCUUCAUGUUGAGGGAGAGGCAUGGCUGGUAAUCCAUAGUUCUUCAAUAUGUCAAUUUGUUCAAGCCAAUAUAAAUCGGUUCGGAUGUUAUCUUAUUACACUUGGGGAGGAAUGGGUGGUUAGUUGCAACAUUUAUUGUGUUGGUACAUGGAAUUAGCCUACAAUAUGAGCCUUACUAUUUUGGCUUGGAUGUUUUCUUGAUUAAAUAUUUGAGUGAUAACCGAUGUUCUUGGUUUCUGAACUUUUGAUAUGACACAUCCCAUUGGCUAAUGAAAAUGGUUUGGCGCUUUGCAA